AUGGGCCAGAACCAGGACGACAGCAAUCUGCCAAAUGGAGAGAGCAGACGGCACAGCGAGCCCAGCAUAAAGCGCCGCCGCAUCACAAAGGCCUGCGACUUUUGCCAUCGUCGAGGGCGGAAAUGCAAGCCCGUGCCCGACGGAGGCGGGGUCGCCUCCGCCAGCCCCGGCGGCACCCCCAGCUGCCUGACCUGCAUCGAACACGGCGCGACCUGCACCUGGACCCGUGUCGCAGCCAAGCGAGGCGUCAAAUCAAAGACGUCGCCUUCCUCUUCGCUGCACAAUAACAAGUCUCAUUCGUGCGACGAUGCCGAUGCCGAUAGGUGGUUCUACGAUGAGAGCCGCCACGGCAGCCGUACCCUAAUCUACCGCCUCAUUGUCAUCUUUUUCGACACAGUAUACCCAGUAUUUCCAUUCUUCGACGAGGUGUCCCUCCACAAGGAAUGGGAGGCCACCAGUCUGUCAUCUAGCAGGGCUUCAUUCGCCCGGCUGAUGGCCAUUUGCGCAUUAAGUUCAUGCCACGUCAGAGAUGGCGCCUUGUUCAACCCGGAUACGCCCUCUUACCUUCGCCCCGAGCAUCAUGAAGCCUACAUGCAGGAUGCAGAGAGGGCCAUUCCAGAAAGGAACCGUGAUAUUCGCAGUUCCGAGGCCUUUGAGUAUCUCCAGGUUCUCGGCACGUUAUCCUUGGCCGCCACCCAGCUCAAGGACGAUCCCCUCUUCCACGAAUGCAUGGGCCGUUAUCAUACAUUAGUAGCUCAGCACACCUUUCAUUUCGAAGCCCGCUGGCCCUCGCAUCUCACGUAUCCCGAGAAGCAUGUGAGGCGGCAGUUCUUCUGGUCAAUGUACCGCUUGGAGGUUCACGCGGCUCUCAUCGACGGCCACGUCGUACGGUGCCCAGAGCUGCAGUGCGCCGUUGCCUAUCCGCAGCAAGUCGACGGCCUUGCCGGCAUCGUUGACGCGUCCGGGCAGACCGAGAAGACGCGGUUCAGUCAUGGCAGCUGGCUCACCGGCUGGAACUACAUCACCGAUCUGUAUCGCGUUCUGGAGCAUGUCAUUGUCCGAAUGCGCAAAGAUAGGCUAAAGACGCUCGACAGAGGUCCGAUCCAACACGAACCCCUGAUGCCAACCAUUGACGACAUGCUGCAUCUGGUUUUGGGAAAGAAGAGCAACCUCCCUGCCUAUGCCACACGCGCUUAUCCCGCGUCAAAAGAUCUUCUCCGAAUGGCAGCAUUCGCAUGCCACAACAAGUUUGAAGAUGCUUGCGGCGCUGCGCUUGAGUUGAUACAGGAGAUCACUCUGGUGCCAGUUGAAUACUUGCGGGCAAUCGGAUACCCCAUGCUGCAAGAGUUAGCCGGAGUUGCCCAUUUACUUAGCAGCUUCAUUGCCCGCCAGUUGGUCGACUGGCAGUACUAUAAACUUCGUGAAGUCAUAGUCUCGCACCGUCUCUUCCUUCAGCAAGUCAAGCGGGUGCACGCAUCUUUCAUAACGGUAGCCCCAGUCAUGCAUCAACAGCCUGAGAUGGCGAACGACCCGCGGGUCAUGGACUUGAUGCCUCAGCCACAGCCGCAGCCGCAACCGCACCAAGGGAUUCUGGAGCAAUACGCGUUACCAAAUACUGCAUUUUAUAAUUUUCAGACAGAUUUUAUUGAGAACAUGUGGACAAAUGCCUUGAACGACGGAGCGGAGAUUGACUGGGCUGGCGCAAUUGAGAGCUGGGGGACGACUUGA